UCGAUCCCCCGGGCAACAGGGGCUGGGCUCCUGCCGGACCUUAGGACAGAGCCCAGGCUACUGGGGUUGCCCCCCACAUUGGGGGGGUCUCCCGGGGGUCCUGGGGGUCGCAGAGUUGCCGCCCCCGCGGCCGCCCGGACGAUGCCCUCCAGGCGCUGACCAUGUUUCAGAUUCCGGAGUUCGAGCCGAGCAGCGAGCGGGGGGACGUGUGCGCCCAAGGAGGUGACCCCGGCCGGGCCCCGGAGGGAGCGGGGGGCCGGGGGCGUCGCGACCAUCACACCUCCCCGGACUUAGGGUCGCGCCUCUCUGGACAGAGGCCACCACCCUUGGCCCGCCUCAGUGAAGGUCCCGGAGCGUGGGAGCCGUCCGACCGCCUCAGCCGGGCGCCCCUGGAUUCGGGGGCGGAGGAGCCGGGCCCGUUUCGGGGUCGCUCGCACUCAGCACCCCCCAUCCUCUGGGCCGCCCAGCACUACGGCCGGGAGCUCCGCAGGAUGAGCGACGAGUUCGACUGCACUUUCCAGGGUUUGCCGCGUCCGAAGAGCGCAUGCCCGGCGGGCUCCGCGCAGCGCCCCUCCGCCUGGACACGCGCGCUCCGCGCCUGGUGGACUAGCUCCUCCAGCCCUGCCCAGUAACCGCCGACGCCACACCCCGCCCCGCGUCGCUAUUGGCCGCCGCUCCCACCUUCCACCAAUCAGGGCCCACGCCGCCGCCGGCCAUCUUGAGUGCGGGCGGAAGUCCCCCUUCCGGGCGCCGUGUCUUCCGGCGCUCCCCUCGCGACAAACAUGGUCGCCGGAAGUGACGUCACCCGAAGGGGUCGCCCGAAGGGCUGGGGGCUGGGCCUGCGGCCUAACCAGGAAAUAAAG